AUGCCUUCCAGCGACUCAGAAGUCGAACUUACAAUUUUCGAGGUCCGCCCUGGUGUGUACGCCAUCACUUCAAACUACCCUUUUCCACCAAAUCCACCACCAAAUCCAUCACCACCACCACCAACUUCCUAA